AAGCCGGUUCCCCCGACGACUCUGCCGCACCAGAGAGCCGCCACGCCGCGGGCAACCCCCCGCACCGCCACACCGCGCGCGAGCCGGCAAGAGGGCGACCAAGGAUCAAGCAGGUCCGUUGCGCGGCACGCGAGCCGGCAAGGGAAGGGCCGGCGACCUUGAGCGGGCGAGCAGCGGCUGCCGGAGCGUGGGGCUCUCCGGCUCUGCGGACCGCACGAGGUCCAGCGACAGCAGGGCAAGUUGUCUGCAGGAAGCAGUGUAAAGUUGUUUGGUGAUAAUGGAACCAAAGCAUUCUGGUGAAAUGUCCAGGCAUUUGGACAAGCAAAAUCAUGUCCUAAUGGAAACAUAUCGAGCAAUGUCCCAUGAGUUGCAUAAACUACAAGUUGAAGAGGAAACAAUCAUGCAGAAGUUGUAUGAGCUGAUGUCUGUGGAAGGGCUUCUUCCAAAGCGCCAGAAGGAAAGUCAGCCAGAGAAAGCAGGGGAAUCAACACAGCAAAACGAAGAACAGUAACAAUAGAAUGUCAACGGUGAAUCUGUGAUAUGAUAUUACAUGCGGUGCAAGUUCGGCUGAGCAGCCAUGGCCAAACCUUGCAAACACUGCUUUUGGAUAUCCACUCUAAUAGAUAUACAGUACAGAAAAUGUGUCUCGAUUCCCACAGUUAGUGUGCUCCGUAAUCGUCCAAACUGCACUGUUGAAUCUGACUAUUGUUUUGUGUGGAAUCGGCAGCCCGACUCUAACAACGUUAUAUCUUACGCGCUUAUGAUUCAUCUCAA